AUGGAGGCAGAAAUUGGAGUGAUGUACCUACCAGCCGAGGAACACCAAGAAUUGCUGGCAACACCAGAAGUUAAGACCGCUCAGGGGCCAGUGCCGGGCGCAGGCUGUAAGACCUGCUACUCCGGGAGGACGCCGGCGAGCACUUGUGAGGGCGCCGACACGAGGGACCGCAGCGUGACCGGCGGCACGCAAGACCCUGAUGGACGGGAGGGGGCUUCGGGCAUCUCUGUCCUUUCCCUGGAGCAGCGACGGGACCGCAGUGGGGGCUGUCAGUUCCCUACGCAGGUCUGGAAGGUCGGCCAGCGGAGGGCGAGGACCCCGCACGGGGGUGCGGAACGUCCACCGGCAGCGCCGGCCUCCCGUCCCUGCGCACGCGCGGCGCGGUUAGGCGGCUGCCGGUACCCCAAGGCCAGCGCGCAUGUCUCCACGCCUCAGCCUUGCGCGGCGGAGGGAGGUGGGGCUGUCGGCCGCUGCCGGGCCGACGACUGCGCGCCGCCUCGCGGCUUCUCCGUGCCCCACCGCAGCCCAGUUUGGUCUAGAAAGGCCCACGAAACCGCCGCCGUCGCCGCCCCCCUCCAGCCCCUCCCUGUCGCGUAUCCUUCCGUCGCGGUGCCCCCCGCGCCCCCCCGUUCCCCCCCGGCCCUCGCCGAGGAGAAUCCCAGUACGCAGGCGCGCCCCCGCCCCGCUCCCUCCCCGCCCCUCAUUGGAGCGGAGGCGGCGGCGCCCCCUCCUUCCCCCGCGCCCUGUCGCCGCCGACAGUGUCUUUUCGCCGCCGCCGCCGCCGCUGCAGGAACGCGGAGCGAGCGGCGCAAGCGUGACCGAGGGCCGGGCGCACGGCGGCGGCCCUCCCGCGGGUCCCGGGCUGCGCGGCGCCUGGGCCCGCCCCCUCGGCCCUGCCGCCCGCCCCCUCCGAUGGCCUCUCCCGCCGGCCCGAGUGGAACGCCGCCGCCGCGGCCCCCGCGUCCGCCCCGCGCCGCGUGA